UAUCAUGCAGUCCAAUACCAUGGAAGAAGAAACGUCAAAGAAUUUCAAAUCCGUAGACCGCCACGUUCUCUAUCCCCUUCGCAAAACCUCAAUACGCAAGCUCGGCCAUUUUCGUCUGCGAUUAUGGCCGCUUCAUCCUCCUUUCCCUUUCCCCUUCUUCUCCUCCUUUCCAUCCUCUCUUUUCCCCUCAGUUCCCACGCCCCGCACGACACCGCCAUCAAGAGUAUUAACCUCGAGCACCCAGCUGAAGAUGUCUUUCCAUCUUCACUUCCUGGAGCCAUUGAUAUAAAAUGUGAUCGUGUUCGGAUUUCUGGUAUUUCAAGAUUAAAACUUGGAAGUUUUGCCAGUUCUUUUCGAGUCACUGCAGUUCCAUCUGUUGUUAUUCCUGAAAGACAACAUACAAAACUUCAGGUUUGUUUUCACUGGAACAAUUCACUUGGAUUGUGUCAGUGUGAAGACGAUAAGUGGAAAACUUUUCAAAAGGGAUUGUGGAGCUGCACCAUGUCUCCUUAUGAAGUCAGAUAUGUUGAUGUUAAAGUUAUUGAUGCCAGAUCUCUAAGUGGUCCUGUCACAAUUGCCGUUGAAGAAGAUUUUCAACAGUGGCGUUUGUUGUGUCUAGCGUUGGGAUUUCUGUUGCUUCUGCUUGCUCCUGUAGUCAGCAGCUGGGUGCCUUUCUAUUACAGCAGUUCGAUGGCCAUUGGAAUUUUCCUUGUUGUGUUAAUCAUUCUUUUUCAGGGAAUGAAGUUGUUGCCAACUGGAAGAAAGAAUGCCUUUUAUCUCACUGUGUAUGGAUCGGUGCUUGGAGCAGGAUCCUAUCUUGUCCACCACUUUGCAAUGUUAGUAAAUUCAAUUCUUCUCAGUUUUGGACUGAAGGAAGAGAUGCACAAUCCUGUUGCGAUCUUUUUACUUUUGGGGAUCAUUCUUUCUGGAGCUGCCUUGGGUUUCUGGAUUGUCCGAAAGUUUGUGAUCUCCGAUGAUGGGAAUGUUGACAUUGGUGUGGCCCAGUUUGUAAAAUGGGCAAUGCGUAUUAUUGGAGCCACGUUUAUCUUUCAGAGUACUCCUGAUGCUCCUUUAGCACUUGGUGCCUUUGUUUGUUGUUGGGCUGCCUGCUAUCUUAUCUCUUCUCUGAAGCAUCGUGGUAGCAUUUUUGUUAGGAAUCAAUCAUAUACUAGAUCUGGCAGCCCUUGGAAACAGCAGAACAAAAAAAUUGUUGGGAAGCGGAUUCAUCCUGAAUUCCUUAGCCGAUCAAGCCCUCAAGACAGGAGGUGGAGAGUUUCUGAUAGGCACAGCCCAGCUUGGCCUAAUUCGCCUGUGAAUGGGGCGAUCUCACCGUCCUCCGGGAUGCAAGAUCGGGACUACUACUCAACCUUCCAUAAGACCAGCAACCGAAAGAAGUUCACAAAGAAAACCUGGGAUGAUUUCACUAGAAAUUCGACGCGACAGGCAUUGACAGAGUGGGCAUCAUCCCCUGAAUUCACAGACUGGAUCAUGGAGCAGGCGGACAGGAUUCAACUGCUCCAGAGUGAUGGUUCAGAUGAAGCUGUUGGAAGUGAAUCUGAUUCAACCAGUGAGAAUGUUGGUGGUGGCAGUAGGUUCAGCUUUUUAAACUGGUAAGCCUAGGCGUCUGUAUCUGCUAACAUGGAUAAGUAUAGAAAUAGAAUCUAGGAUUUUUGAAAAGGAAACUGGAUAAGUAUAGAAUCUAGGUUAUUGGGUUCCUAAGAAAUUUGAGAUGAGCUGAGUUUGACGAAUAUUCUUAGCCACAAUUCUAACAGCUUGUGUCUCAUAGAUUAGGUCAGCUUGUGAAUCUGCAACAUGUGGAGAAGUCGACUUGGCCCACACUUAACAAGUAUCACCAUCACAUAUCGUGUUACAUUGUGUCAAAUGAUUUUGUUAAUACUGUUUGUUGAAUUGGCCAACAUGGAAUUAAAUGGAGUCAAUCUAAGAUGUUUCCAUGACCUGAGGUGUCAUAUAAUUCGGAAUGAUUUUUAUGAGUCAACACAAUCUACGAACUCUGCACGCUGUAGACGAGGCGAGAGAUGCGUUUGACACCCUCCACACACAGCUGACUGAUGUUAUGGCAUUUUUUAGGCAUAGAGAUUGAAGCUACAUACGCUCUGUAUUUUCUUUUGUAAUAUCUAUAACUUAAUUUUCUAAAAUUUCAAGUAGGUUAUUUUGACGAGUCAUUUGAAUUUCUUUAUGGAAAUGUAAACUUGAGAAACUUGGAAUGUAUAGAUGAAAAGAAUGAAAGACAGAUGACCUUUUAAGUCUCUAGGCUAAUUUCUUUUGAACAUUGAAAAAAAAAAUGAAACAUGAAAAUUUUGGUUAAUAUAUAUAUUUUUUGUCCA